AUGGGUGAAGAAACGAAAAUCUUCAAGAUAGCUCUCGACCAGCUGGAAGAGAAAGGGCGAAAGCUCAUCGAGUACGCCCAGGAGCACCCGAUAGAGUUCGCUCUCAUAUCCGUCGCCAUCGUCGCCGGCGUCGUCAUAAUUACCGUACCUCUUGCGCUAGGAUUCGGCCCUGCAGGGCCUGUAGCAGGUAGCAUAGCAGCAGCAUGGCAGUCCUCCAUCGGCAACGUAGUCUCCGGCUCCUUCUUCGCGCUCCUCCAGUCCAUGGCCAUGAGCGGCACCUUCGAGGCCAUCGGCAUCACCGUCAUUAGCGCCGGCGCAGUCGGGGCCUUCGUCGAGUGGUCCAAGAGCGUAGAGCUUCAAGAGAUGAUCGCCGGGUGGCAACGCUUUACCCAGUCCAUGGGCUUCAUCCCCGAGUCGGGCGAGUGGUCAAAGGAGCAGUGCGAGAAGCUGGUGCAGAGCGUGGACUGGGAGGGGGAGGCUAACGAUGUGGCGGGGAGGGUGGACCACGCGGUGCAGGAGUCGCUGGAGCAUGCUACGUGGUUGGGGGAGAAUGCGCAGGCGGAGUGUGCAAGGAUGGGGGAGGAGGCGGGGUCCGUGAUGAAUGAUGUGGGUCAGGGUGCGGGGCGGGCGGCGGAUGACGCGGGGCGGGCGGUAGAUGAGGCGGUGCGGGGAGCGCAGUCAGGGAUGGAUGAUGCGGUUCAGGGUGCGGGACGGGCGAUGGAUGAGGCUGGUCAAGGGAUUAAGGCGGCUUUUGGAGGUUUGUUUUAG